GAUCUAUAUCACUGACACAUGUAUCACUCAGUCUCAGUAUUCACAAACUUUAUGAUCUGGGAUCUGAUUCAAUAUCAAAGUUGGAUUGCAUUACAUAACUUCAACUUGUCUUAGCCAGGAAGGCACCGGGUAUUAGCGAACCUAGAGAUAGAGUCUAGAUCUAGAGAUCUACGCCUAGCCAUAGAGUUAAAAUUUUGGACAGUAGACCACAGAUCCCACAGUGUCAAAGUUGAUCAAUAUGUCUCUCAUGAGCUACUCUGAUUAUAAGUGUAGUUUGAUUGGUGAAGUGCUAGAGAAAGCUAAGAAAGAACUGAAAGAAGAUCCAAACACCAGAAUCAUUGAGGUCAAAAACCUUAGGACACGACUUGAAAAGGUUCCUGGCCUGCAGCCUCGCACUGACAUAAAGUUCCUUUUGCCGUUCCUGCGGGCCAGGAAGUUUGACCAGGAGAGAGCCUUCCAGCUUGUUAAGAACUACUAUGAAGUUCGCAAAGAGCAGCCAGACAUGUUUGAUGAUUUAAAGCCAUCCAGAGUCAAGCAUGUCAUAGAAGCGGGUAUCUAUGAAGUACUGAAAGGCAGAGACAAUCAGGGAUGCAGAGUCAUUGUCAUGAGGCCAGGGAAGUGGGACCCAGACAGAUUCCCUAUCACUGACCUGCCAAAAGCUUCAUUUCUUAUCUUGUCAAAGAUUAUCAUGGAGGAUGAGGAAACCCAAGUCAAUGGCAUUCACAUGAUCAACAAUUUAGCUGGUGCCACCAUGAAGCAAGCCUCACACAUAGGGCCCUCCAUAGCCAAGAAAUUUCUUCAUUUAAUCCAGGAUGUUAUACCUUUGAGACUCAAGAGAUUUGAUUAUGUGAAUGAACCAACUUUCUUUGACAUCGUUUUUGCUAUUUUUAAACAGUUUCAAAAGGAAAAGUUUACAAAGAGGAUUGUUCUCAAUGGAGACAAAUUUGACAAGCUUCAUGAGUCUAUUAAUCCAGAGCUACUUCCCACAGAUUUAGGGGGCAAACAAGAGCCCUAUGCUAAUAAGGAGUGGGUGCAAGAGUUCCUGGCAUCUGAUGGAUUAUUUAGUGAGGACAAUAAGUUUGGCUUUCUCAACAUGAAUCUACAGAAGAACAAGGAUGACAAAAAAGCAGACUCGACCCUUCAAGGUCUUGGUGGCACUUUUAAAAAGCUGGAGAUAUAACACGUUUGUUUAGUUGCCUUGAAAACAUGUAUUCGUAGUUGAGCAUAUCAGUUUUGAUACAUAUAUACUUAUUAUACCUUUAUACCUUGUAGUUUUUUUUGGUGACAUUUAUAUUUAUACAUUUAUACACAUAUAUUCAGGAGCUAUUGCUCUUUUUAUUCACUAAUAAAGUAUUUGGCUUCUUAAAUUGUCAUAUGGACAUCUGCAGAAUUAAAAGAAAAAAUUGUCUUACAAUAUUAGGAUACUGGCUACUUUAUAUCAGUCUGAGAAAUGUAUCCCCAAUGUGAUGACUGUUUCCUGUAGAUUGUUGUCUUACCUCUUCUGAUGAACUGCUGGUUGUCAAAGCUAAAUUCUUCAAGUCUUUCUGUUUCUUUUGUUUGAUUUCUUUGUUGAUGUUAAUGAUAAUUAUUGUUGGAGAUUGUUGAAAACUUUUGUUGUCUUUGGAUAUUACUGCUGGACUGAUGCACUACAGUGUCUAAUUGCUGAGUCACUUGGUCAGGAUUCUGUCAUGAGUCGUAACAGUGUUGAUUGCUAACAGCUAUUAUUGUUUACUAGGAAUCCUGAAUUUUUCCAUUAAUCAAGUGAGUUUUCUUGGUUUACAGAAAAAUGAAUACUAUAACAUAUUUUCUAUGGUUUGAUUUAUUCUCUAGCUUAUUCACUGAGAUCCUAUUAACAUAUUUUAUUUUAUAAUUAGAAAAGUAAUAAGGAAUUAUUUCUGUGUAAUUUUAGCGAACAUUUUUUUUACAGAUUUUUUUUCAUUGGAUUUUAAUUGUUAAAAAUGUUUUUAAAAUACCUUUUCUAUCUGGCCAAUAAUUUAUUUUACUUUGUCCUAAAUGAAAAACAUAUUUAAUUUCAAAAUAACAUUUUUUUUAAAAAGAAUCAAAAUUUGAAUUGGACUUUCCCCAUGUAAUAAAUUAAAUUUUUGCUCCAAUAAUUUUUUUUCCUUUUUUAUAUACUGUAUACUUAUGGUAAAUUCUAAAAUGUUUCUGACUGUUGUUUCUACUAUUUCUACCUACACAUGUUCCAUUCCACUUUCUACUUCCUUCAUAUAGACAUGACCUGUUCCAAAACCAAAUUUAUUUAUUUUUUAAGAUAAAUUUAACUCUUUCUCUUUGUAAUGAUUGUAAUUUACUGAGUUCAAAUCAGCGUUGGUAUUGUACAUUAGGAGAGAAAGAGUUAACUUAUUUUUCUAAUAUCUCGAGUAUGGAAUUUUAGAAAACAUCUUUCAAUGAGCUUAUUUCAUCUCAAAUUAUUGAAAAUAUACAGAGAUGUAAAAGUUAAAGCAAUUUUUACAAAUUUGGUUUGAAAAAAAAUAAAUUUGUGUGAGUUUAGAAACUUAUGUUUCAGAUGAUGUUGCCAUGUUGUUCUUAUGUGCAAAUUUAGACCAAAUUUAAAUUAUUUUUGGGACUGAUUUAAAGAGAAUUUAAAUAGCUUAAAGACUGGCGGCAUAAUUUAGUAGCCUCCCUUUUGUUUAUGGUUAGGCUCCUGUCACAUUUCAUGUCAAUGUACAUUUGCUGUAGAAUGUCAUAACUUUGUGAAGUAAGUUGACACAUUCUGUUUUAUAGAUUGAUUUGUUCUGUUGCUUAAAAUGUACUGAAUUCCAAUUUUUACAAAGUAGACUGUCUCACACUAGAUUUUAGACAUAAAUUUUAAAAAUUUAGAUAUGGACUUUUAUGGCAGACAUAAGCAUGUGUACAUAAAAUCUUCUGUAAGAGCACCACAAAGUCUGGCAGACUUUAUAGGCGUCUACAGUUUUGUUAAAGAAAUGUCUAUUAUAUUCUGAAAUACCAUGUAUUUUUUUGUUGACUCUAUUGUUGGCCUUUAGCAAUUUAACCUUCGCCGAAACCACAUACUUAUUGAUUGUUUUUAUUACUUUUUAAUUCUGUUUCCACAUUUUGUAGUGUCGACUUAACUGUGAUUUUACGUUUUUAAAAAUACUUUUUUUUUUAUAAAAUUAUAAUCCAUUUUUUAAUAACUCCAGAAAGAUUUUUCAAAUGGAUUCAUUCUUUAUUUCAGCAUUAUUCACUUUUUAUUUAUUUUUAUUGUUCUAUAUUCAAAGUGAAUCAUAAAUGGUGACCUUUUUUUUUAAUGUAGUUUUGUUUUAAUUUAGCAUAUGUCUCUUUGUUCCUAAGCUCUUGUCAAAAAAUUAAAAAAACAUAUUCUUUGUUACCUGUUAUUAGUUGAAUGUAAUCAGGGACAAAUACAAAACCACUCUAAACAGACUCAUCAAUGGCACCAUGACACAUGGCAAAAUAAAAGUGUGUAGUUAUCUAGAAAUGAGUCAUUCUUUGCAAGUUGUUUGCAUUGAUCUAUAUAUGUAAGUAAUAGCUGUAAUCAGUUAGUUUUAAAGACUUUUUAAAUAUGUGAUGUCAUGAAAUAAGAUCAUAUAUACGUGUCAUGAAAUUUAAUCAUGCAAGUAUCUCUAGAAAUCCAUCAGAAAGCCCUUCCAUGUCCAUGCUUGCUAUUUGACUGGCAUUCAUACUGUCCAUCCUUUGUCAGACUCAGGUAUUAAGAUAUGCAUAAUAUUUUUACACAUUUCUUUUUUGGUUUGUGUUAUUUGUUAUUAUCUGACAUAGUUACUAUCUAAUAUAUGCUAGAUAUCUUUGAUAUUUUUUUUUUCUUUUUUUAAAUUUAGGGCCAUCCUGUGAAAUAAACUUACUGAUUUAUAGGCUAAAUCAGCGUUUUGAUUAAUCAACUAAACUCUAAAACCACUCUGCUUUGACAAUGUGUAUUAUGCUUCCUUUUUGUUUACUAUAUAUAGUUUCAAGCGUUUGUUUUAUUUUGAGUUUGAUACACAUUAUCUCCCUUGCAUUAAAAUCUAAGUUUUGCUUUUGAGAACAAGCAUUAGCAAUGAUUAAUCUGCACAAUGUACUUCAGCUUGCCAGGUUUUACUUUGUAUUCAUCUAUUUACACUGCCAUAAGGACUUGUGAUUUUGCUUGUUAUAUUUUAUUUAACUUAAUGUAGCUUUUUUUUCUUAUCUUUCUUAAGAAAACUAUAUAAAAUAAAGUAAACUGAAUUAA